ACAUCUUAAUAUUAUUAUUGAUUAUGAAAGAAGAUGAUACAUUAUAAUACAAUAAUUUGAUGAUAGUUUUCCGUCUUGCAAAUCCCUUUAAUUGUAUCUCUACUUGACCUGUGCCAUAAUCCAUAUUUAUGUAAGUUUCAUCUCUGAUCUGUAUUUUUGACGUCUGACAUUGACGUCAGAAAGAGAUGCUAGUAAUAUCAAUUAUCAAAUAUUUAAUAAGUACGUGAAUUGAGAAUUGUGAAUUAUGUAGAAUAUAGAUAUUCUUAUACUCGCGAUUCUUAUCAGACACCUUAAAUUUAAAAAGAAACUUACGCAAAUAAAUCAAUUGACAAUAAAAUUAUGUACUAAAUUAACUCUUAAAUCCGGUAGAAAACAUAAACUUUUAAAUUAUGUUAAAGAUUUAUAUUCGACUUUGUAACACGCAUGGGUCUCGUUUCAAACCUUUCGUCAGAAACAGAAGCAGCCUCGGCCUUUGGGAUAGUAAUAUUUCUACUGAAAUAAAAUUGAAGAUCGAAAGUCACUGGUCCAAUACAGUGUUAAAAAAUGAAGAAAAGGAAGUCGAAAAUAAUAUGUACAUUCUUCCCAUGUUCCCUUACCCAUCUGGAAAUUUACAUAUGGGUCAUGUAAGAGUGUAUACUAUAUCAGACACUAUAGCAAGAUUUUAUAAACUGAAUGGUUAUAAUGUAAUUCAUCCAAUUGGAUGGGAUGCAUUUGGCCUUCCUGCAGAAAAUGCUGCUAUUGAACGUGGUAUUCCACCUCAAGUUUGGACAAAGUCUAACAUAGAUUCCAUGAAAAAACAAUUGAUUGAUCUUGGGUAUAACUUUGACUGGAGUAAAGAAAUUUCAACAUGUGAUCCAAGUUAUUAUAAAUGGACUCAAUAUAUAUUCUUAAAGUUAUAUGAGAAUGGUUUAGCAUAUCGCAGUAAGGCAAAUGUUAAUUGGGAUCCGGUGGACCAGACUGUUUUAGCCGAUGAACAAGUUGAUGAAAAUGGCUGUUCAUGGAGAUCUGGAGCAAAGGUGGAAAAAAAGAUUCUUACCCAAUGGUUUAUUAAAACAACAAAGUAUGCUCAAGAUUUGUACAAUGGUCUAGAUAAAAAAUAUUUAGAAAACUGGAAUGAUAUUAUAAAUUUGCAAAAACACUGGAUUGGUGAGUGUAAUGGUGCAGUAGUCACUUUUCAUGUUGAAGUAAAUGGAGAAAAGAGACCUUUAGACAUAUGGUCUUCAGAUCCAUACAAAUACUUACACGCUCAGUAUAUAACUUUAAAGAAAAAUCAUGUUAUUUUACAAGACCUUACUUUGGUUGAGAAAGAAAAUUUAGCGUGCUACAAUCCAAUAACAAAUAAAGAAAUGAAAAUUUAUGUCUGUGAUGGUAUACUUUAUCCAGAGGAAAAAGAAGUAUAUUUAGCUUGUCCAGCUAUUGAUUCUGAAGAUAGAAAAAUAUCAGAAGCACUAAAUAUUCCUUUAGAAAAAACAAAAAGUAUAAAUAUUGACUAUGAAAAUAUAAAAGCAAUAGAGAUAGCAAAAAGUAAAAAUUGUGGUGGUUAUUUUGUCAGUUCUAAACUGAAAGACUGGUUAAUAUCAAGACAAAGAUAUUGGGGAACACCAAUACCUAUUAUACAUUGCAGUAAAUGUGGUACUGUACCAGUUCCAUAUGAACAACUACCUGUAAAAUUACCCCAAAAUUGUUCUGAUGUUAAUAAUAUAUUCACAUUGUCUAAAUUUAACGAUUGGGUAAAUUGUAGAUGCCCAAACUGUAAUGGAAAUGCAUAUAGAGAAACUGACACCAUGGACACAUUUGUUGAUUCAUCAUGGUAUUACUAUCGAUUUUUGGACUCAUCAGAUGAGAAUGUACCAUUUGAAAAAAAUAAAUUGAUUGGUAAAAUGCCUGUUCACUGCUAUAUUGGUGGCAAAGAACAUGCAGUACUGCAUUUAUAUUACGCUAGAUUCAUGAGUUAUUUUCUGCAUUCCCUUGGAUGGACACCUUCAAAAGAACCCUUUAAAAAACUGCUAGUCCAAGGCAUGGUAAUGGGUCAAUCAUAUAAAGUAAAAUCUUCAGGAAAGUAUAUUCCAAAAGACAAUGUAGAAAAAGUUGGUAAAACAUAUAUAGAAAAAGGUUCAGGUGAAGCUAUUUCAGUACAAUGGGAAAAAAUGAGUAAAUCUAAACAUAAUGGUGAAAAUCCCAUGAGAUUAUUAACAACAUAUGGAUGUGAUACAACACGACUUCUGGUCAUAGCUGAUGUGCCACCUGCUACAACAAGACAUUGGUCUGAUGCAACAUUACCAGGAGUUUUAAAUUGGCAACACCGGCUUUGGAUAACAUUACGGGAAUUUCUGACUCACAGAAAUAAUCGUGAUUUAUUUAAAUUCAGUAACCUGCAACCUGAGAUAUUUCAGGAAAUUGAUGGUAAAUUGCGAGAGUCAAGAAAUUUCUUUAUUGCAACAACAACAUUUCAUUUUAAAUACACACAAAAAUUAAGUGUUGGAAUAUCUCAAUUACAAAGCUUAACUAAUGCUUUAAGGAACAAUGUCCCAGCGGAGGUCAUAGCAAAAAGCAAAGAAUUUGAGUUAGCACUAGCUAGCUUAAUAAUAAUGCUUUCCCCAGUAACACCACACUUUUGUUCAGAACUUUGGGCUGGCCUAAUGUCUGCUCCCAACAGAAUCGGUUCUAAAACGCAAUUAUCGUGGGAUGCACAUGUUUUAAAACAGAAGUGGCCCAUUGUUGACAGCGACUUUCCAUUAUCUUUCCAAUGUAAAGUUGAUGGUGUACAUAGGUGUGAACUGAAAAUUCCAGCCUUUGAGUUACCUCAUCUCACUGAACAACAAGCUUUAGAAAUUAUGUCCAAAGAAGAAGUAAUUGCAAAAAGAUUGAGAAGGGGUAUUCUAAGAACUAAAUUUGAAUUAUAUCCUGAUUGCCGAGCUAUAUUGAAUAUUUUUACUAAACAAAAUAUAUCUAAACAAACAAAAAAACUUGAGAUGCAAGUUUGAAGUGUAUCUAUUGUAUAAUUGAUUUCGCUUGCCCCGGGAAACAAAGUAAAGUGUCGUAAACUACUAUUACGACUGUUUUAAUGUUUUCUCAUUUUUGACUUCCAUGAUAUAUACGCUUUUGCUCUGCAGUCUAAUUAGAUUAAUUACUACUGCAAUGUACAUUUAGUUAUUUUUUAACUAUUUACACUAAAUACAUAACAAUUUUUAAAUCGUCGAAUAGGAAAAAAAAUUAAUUAGAUAUGUAUAAUUGUAUAUAUAAUGUAGUUAGUAUCCUAGUAAUAAUAGCAUUACUUUCUUUUCCUGAACAAUAUAGAUUUUUCUUUAACGACUUUGUUCCCCGGGGUAAGCGAUUUUUAAAUUAUAAGAUGAAAACAAUACAGAAAUCGUUGACUAGUCAUGUUCACAAUUUGACAGUAGGUACUUUGAUUAAAAUUAAAAAAAAAACUAAAGCUUUUAAAAUUAGCAUAAAAAAAGUUAGGAAUUUUGGUUUUUGUUUGUUUGUGAAUUAACGAAUAAAACCACGAACGAAGUAAAUAUCAAUCAUCAUAAAUGUUAUAAUUAUGUUAUUUAUAAAUGUCAUCUUGUAUUUAAUGAUUCUAUGUUUUAUUAACUGCCACGCUUUAAAUUUCCUUAUAUGCUUUUACUAGCUACGGCUGCAAGCACAACGGCACAAACGUACAACUAUAAUCUUAGGCUAAGACUCUGUUUUAAUAGUGAGAUUUGAUAUGCUAAUUAGUUUACAACUGUCGAACUCGACACAUGAUUCUAUAAUAUUAAAUAAAUUGUAAAAAUAAGUUUUAACGAAUUAAUAAAUUAAAAACUAUUA